AAUCAUCGUAUUUGUCUGAGUUGCAAAUCAUGGAAACCUCCAGCACAUCCUCCCUCCUUCGUUCUGGAAACAUUUCAUGGCAUGCAAUGUGUUCUCUCUUAAUCCAUCCUCAAACGUAACCGUCGUUUUCAAUUCUCGAAAUUUCCCAAUUGUCAAAUGGUUUUAUGAGGCAGUGGGGUCUUUGUAUUUGUAUUACUAAAUUCGAAUAAUCUACAAAGGAAUAUGCUUUGGACGCCAACUGUUGUUCAACGCCCACUCUUUGGCGGUUUAUUGUUCGUAUUGAGUGAUCUUCGCAUGUGGGUAUGCCCUUCUAUUUCCAUUUCUUCAAUCGCCAACUUUUUUGAGCUGGAUUCCUUUUGAUCGCUCUCGUUUUGUCGAUUGCGACUGGUGUUUUCAAUUGGAUGACUUGAUUCCUCUUCCUUUUUUGGUAUGGGGUAGCUCUUUUUUUACCGAUCAUUAUAAAGAUUUUAUCUUUAUUCAAUUUAUUGAUCUGGGGUAUUUGAAAGAGGUGGGGUGUUUUUGGGUUGUUUGAUGGAUCAGUGUAGGGAGUUUUGAGGUUUUUGGAGUAUUGAAUUUGUAAAUUUCAUGUGAUUUGGAGAUUGUGUUAGUUAAGGGUGUCUGUUGGUUUUGUAUUUGGUUCUUUCGAGAUUCAGUUUCUUGGUCUUUUGUAGUUGUUGAAAUUUGAAUUGGUGGGUUGGAAGGGGUGGGGAUUUUCUUGGGAGCAUUUGGCUUGUUUGAUGGUUCAGUGGAGUUAGCUUCGUGGUUUUUGGAGUCUCGAAUUUUUGAAUUUGGUGUGUAUGAAGAUUGUGUUAGUUAGAGGUGUUUGAUUCCUAUCAAGAUGCAAGCUGUGGGGAGGAUAGGUAGCUACAUUAGCAAGAGUGUGUAUACGGUUUCCGGGACUUUCCAUCCGUUUGGUGGCGCUGUAGACAUAAUCGUGGUGGAGCAACCGGAUGGGAGCUACAAGUCUUCGCCAUGGUAUGUUCGAUUUGGGAAGUUUCAGGGGGUGUUGAAGUCCAAAGAGAAGGUGGUUGGCAUCACCGUGAAUGAUGCUGAGGCGGAUUUUCAUAUGUACUUGGAUAGUAAAGGAGAGGCAUUCUUUAUGCAGGAGGUUGAUGUAGAGGAAGGUGAGUCUACAGCCUCGCCUCCAUACACAUCUGGUGAGGAGACGGAAGGGCAACCUAGGAGGCCGCUGAAAUCAAAAAGUUGCAACUAUGACUCCAGUUUGUUUGAGCCUGUUGUUACGGAAAGGAAUGCCUUGACUAGGCCAAACACUCGCCAAUCUCAAUUUUUUGGCUUUUUUGGAAGGAGAUCUCUGACAGAGGAGGAAGAAAAUGCACAUGAUGUUAACAAAGAUGAUCCGUUAGAGGUUGCUGAGAUGGCGGCUGAUCUCUUGGACUUGAGGUGGUCUACUAAUCUUGGUUCCCCCAAAUGCAAGAGAGACAAUUGCGCACCAUUAUCUGAUGCAGAUACAUUGGCAAAAGUAGUCAAGAAAAGUCCUCUGUUUGAUGGUUCUAGUCAUGAUGAAAUAAAUCUUAAUUCUCAAACAAGCUACCGUGAGGCAAAUGGUGUUGAAAUGGAAUGUGUUACCUCAGAGUAUCUUGUUUCCCCUUCAGUCGAAAGUGUUAGAGAACAUACCCCUGCAACAAAGUUAGAACCAGUGAUAUCAGCAUUAGGCUUGGAUAAAUCAGAUUUGGAGAUGAGUUCUGUUAGCAUUGUUUCUGAGGCUACAAAAUCUGAUUUGGAUAUUGAUGACUCUAUUGUGAGACUUAAUAGUUUGUCUGAUGCUAAUUCCUCUUUGAAGGAGAAUGAAAGAGACAAUAACCACUCUUUUUACUCUGAGAUUUCAGGGAGCUCCACAGUUGAAUUGGAGGGAUCGUCUGAAGAGAAAAGUCGGCUGUUUUGUCAUAAAGAAUGCAGAGAUGUAUGCAUUCAUUCUGGGGAUCAUUUCACCAUCAUCCAUGAAGAAAAGAUUUCUUUGAGUAGAGGAACUAGUUUUGGUGCUUCAGAAAGUACUUUGACUGAAUGCUAUUCGAAUUUAGUGAGCCGUCAGUCAUCUAAUGAUUCUCUUAAGGACAUCGACUCACAGAGUAAUGCAGCUGAUUCUAAAUCGAGCAUGGGCAAACAUUCUAUUUUGGGAGAUAAAGACAAGCUUGGUUCCUCUGUAGGGCCUCUCUAUGAUCCUCAUAUUGAAAGGUGUACUGUUCCACCUUCAAUUGGGGCGUCAACAAUUUCAGAAGAAGAGCAGCUACUCUUCGGUGACCUGGAUGGUGUUCGUCCUGCUGCCAGACACUCGGAACUCAGUGCAUCUGAUCAUGAGGGCAAAAAAGCUGAUUCAUUACCUAUGAUAAGAGUUGCUGAUCAAGGCAUCGAGUCUUGUGAUGCAAAAUGUUCCCCCAUUUCUGCGCUAGACCAGUCUGAAAUAAAUGACUCUACAAAUGCCUUGUGUUUGGACACUAGAACAAAGAGUCCUAUGUCUAAUGAUGUCUCCGUUACAGAGAUUGGCAAUGUUCAGUCAGAGGUAACCAUUAGAAGCGCGAGAUCUUUGCCCAGCAUGGUUUCCCUUAGUAAUAAUCUAAAUGGCACUGAUCCCAGCGACUUUUCGAAUGACUCACUAUAUCCAGCCGGAGAACCUCCUAAGCCGGGGUACCCUCCAAGGUCCGUGGAUACUUUAGGAGGAACUGGUAGAGAUGUACACUUUAGAAGCUCAACAGAGACUAAAAUUCCUGAUGUGACGAUUGACAGUGAAGAGGUGAAUGGCGCAGACAUUUCAAAUGAACCCGGUGACGUGGAGAGUGAGACAAAUGUUACCAAAGUGAAGGUAAACAAGAAGAUAGUACAGACACUUACUCCAACAUCUGAACAGCUGGCAACCUUACAGUUAAAAGAAGGGAAGAAUGUUGUGAUAUUCACCUUCUCGACUGCCAUGCUGGGCAAGCAACAGGUUGAUGCUCGGAUUUUUCUGUGGAGAUGGGACACUAAAAUUGUGAUAUCUGAUGUUGAUGGGACUAUUACACGGUCUGAUCUUCUAGGUCAGGUUAUGCCCUUGGUUGGCGUGGAUUGGUCACAGAUAGGUGUCGCACAUCUCUUCACGGCAAUAAAGGAGAAUGGAUAUCAAUUACUGUUCCUGAGUGCACGUUCAAUUUCUCAGUCUUACAUUACUCGACAAUUCCUUCUCAAUAUCAAACAGGAUGGAAUAGCCUUACCGGAUGGGCCUGUCGUCAUUUCCCCCGAUGGAUUGUUUCCUUCACUAUUUCGAGAAGUUGUUAGAAGAGCCCCUCACGAGUUCAAAAUUGCAUGUUUGGAGGAUAUUAGGGCGUUGUUUCCUCCUGAAAGCAAUCCGUAUCCAUUUUAUGCUGGAUUUGGUAACAGAGACACCGAUGAGGUCAGCUAUCUUAGGGUCGGAAUUCCGUUGGGGAAAAUAUUUAUCAUAAACCCAAAGGGAGAGAUUAUUGUGAACCGUCACGUUGACACCAAGUCUUACCUGACUCUUCAUUCGCUUGUUAACGGAAUGUUUCCCAACAUGUUUACCACUGAGCAGGAAGAUUUUAAUACAUGGAAUUUCUGGAAACUUCCACCACCUUCAAUCGACAAUUAAAGGUCGAGUAGUUUGCGUCAAAUGCAGGCAGGGAGGCAGCGUGUACAAGGACUGGAGUAUUGAGGGCAUAGUAUGGACGACUUCUUUGUGUAACAUGUCCAGCCAUGGUCAAAUAUCCUGUAUCGUACAAAGCUUACCACAAAAGGAGAUUUGGUGUUAGUCUCUUGCUGACAAUUUCCUUGGUUACAUGCUGGAGCUGCUGGUAUAUUGCUCGAGAAAGUCGAUUAUGGAUUGAUAUUGUUAGGCUAGUUGAAUAGUCUGUUCAACGUAUUCUUUCAAUACUAUACCGUGCAAUGUUGUUACUAGGAGGUGACCAGCAAGGGUCUGUAAAUCGUAAAAUAUAGGGCACAUUGCUUAUCGAUGUCGAUGAUUCACCAUGUAAAUGUUGAGAUACAGAUGCACUAGAUUGAAUUCAUUAGUGUUUUUAGGUGAA